AUGGAACGUAUUCUUCUUGUUACCGAUUAUCCUAAUCUAUAUCAACUUAAACUCUUCAAUUUGAAUAACAAAAUCGCUUCACAUUAUUUUACAGUCAAAUCACGAGUUCAUCAUAUUUUUCAAAAACAAAUUCGAGAUCUAAUUCUUAAUGAUCUACCUAAUUUAAAAUAUUUUUCAUUAAAAUAUGUUUGUGUAACAGAAGAAUAUGAUAGUAAAAUAUUAUCUCUUCUUCGUCGUAUGUCAAAUCUUGAAGAAUUAACUUUGUAUCUUACGAUUCAAAAUCGAAUUAAAUUUCUCGAUGGUACAGAGAUUAAUAAUCAAAUACUUAUUCAUAUGCCACAACUUUAUAAAUUUAUAUUUUAUAUUAGUACUGAAAUUCAACUAGAUCAUUUAGUUCCUUAUUUAUCUAGCGAUGAUAUUCAACAAACUUUUACUAAUAUUGGAUAUGAUCAAGUGGCUUCUAUUCUAAGCUGUUAUUCUGAUAGUGUAAGAUGUCAUGUUUUUUCAUUACCAUUUCUGUUUGAUAGUCUUAGGGGUCCACGAUGUAGUUCCAUUGAAACAUGA